ACCAAUAGAACAUUUACUAUACCUAUGAUAUGGAUGAUGACAAACAGUCUGUUUUCUGGAUGGAGAGAAGCUUUGAAUUUGCAGAAGACGCGCUCAGAAACAAGGAGGUCCCAGUAGGCUGUAUCAUAGUGUACAAUAAUCAGCUGCUUGCCACUGGAAGGAAUGAAGUGAACGAAACAAAAAACGCCACCCGGCAUGCUGAAAUUGUGGCAAUAGAUCAGGUGUUCUUGUGGUGCAAUUCUCAAAAUAGAGAUCCCAAUGACGUUUUAAGAGCUAGCACUCUGUACGUGACUGUCGAGCCGUGUAUCAUGUGUACGGGUGCACUGAGGACUGUGGGACUGGGGCGAGUUGUGUAUGGGUGUUCCAACGACAGGUUUGGAGGUUGUGGGUCAGUGCUGGACGUCCACUCAGAUGACCUUGACCAGUUGGGACCCAAGUUUGAAUGUACCUCCGGUCUGAUGGCUGACAGGGCUGUGGAAAUCCUCAAACAGUUUUAUCAAGGAGAGAACACUAAUGCCCCGGACUGUAAACGAAAAAUCAAAGAUAAAAAUGUCUAAAUGAUACAA